CCCAAGAUCACCCAGCUAACUUUGUGUCUGAGGCAAUACUAGAACUCAUGGACUCUGGGUUUCUACCCUGAUGAUUUAACCACUACCCCAAACUUUUAUUUAUAUGGCAAUGUGCAAAACCAGAGCAUCAUCGAACCAGCCCUGCCAUCGUACAGCAGGUGCGAGAGCAUCGAAAAUGGUGUAUCGAUGCUGUAAUAGAAGAUUACCUCAAGGAAUCGUACGGCUGCUUUGAGACAUGAAGGAUUGGGUCCGUUCAUCAUUUAUUUGUUAAAUUUCUGUGCCAAACACCUCACUGAUAACAGCGGCUCUGUAUCAUACAGGUGCAUUAAACAGAGAAGACGAGAAUUGAGCCUAAACCAGUUUUGUGUUUUUGCAGUAAGUUCUCAAAGCCUUUAUAAACUGCUGAGAUCGAUAGGCCAACUGUGAUUAAAAUCCGAUUAACGGGCUCGCUAUUGUUUCCUUGAACAAAGAGGGAGAGGAAAUUAUUUUUGAAAAGUAGGUAAUAGGUCACUGUGAUAUAGCCCAGCCGAAGACUUUGGACCUCUCGGCCCAAGCACCCACUCAAAUUAGAAACGAAAAGCAGGAUGGACUAAAGUUAUUUAGAUAAUGGUUACCCAAUUUGUCCCAGUUACGAUUGCCUGACUUCUUUUAUGUCUCUGCCCGCUGAGCUGACAGUCUUUGUCCCAUUGGAGAGCUGGACGAAAGGGAGGGAUUUAAUGAGCCUGACGCUAUUUUUGUAUCGUUGGAGUUUAAACUUUGCCACCUAGUAGAAAAAAAGAGAGAGAGGUUUUGACUGGACAGACGGAGCGGAGAACGGAGAAGAAAAUAACCGUAUUCAACUUCGCAGCAAGGAAAACCUCUGGGAUUGGAAACAAUUUGGCUAAACCGAAUCAACGCUGGGGAACACUCUCAGGAGUGGUCAUGGCCUGCCCCAAUCUUGAUGGCAUGGAGUUGCUGGAUCUCCUCUUUGAUGGGCAGGAUGGAAUCCUUCGCAAUGUGGAGCUGGGAUCCUCAGAGGCCCCUUGGAUGGCCCAGGAAGGCAGGGAUUUGCUGAGCCCUCAAGAGAACGAUGACUUCCUCAACUCCAUCUUAGGAGCGGCAAACACCGUCCUAGAUUCUCCAAGCUGGUCUCCAGCUGCCAGUGACAGCGGCAUAUCUGAGGAUCCAAAUUCUGAUCAGCUGGACAGCCCUCCACAUUACAUCCCAAGCGGAAGCCCCGAGGCCUACUCUGAUGGGAGUUCACCUGGUGACCUGGCCUAUGCACCGUGCCAGGACUCCCGUCAGGCCUUACCUAUCCUAAAAGCACCAGUCACCGAGCUGAGAGAGAUGGACGUCUCCAUAGACUUCAAUAUGUGGGCUGCUGGUUUUUAUCCAGAGGAGAGGCAAGUAACAGAUGCCACCCAUCAAAACCCACCCUCCUGCACGCUCACAAUUAAGGAUCUCCUCCUUUCAAACAACUCUGAAAUGCACCAGCAGGCUAUCAACUCCUCAGUGAUGAGACAAGCCCCCGGGACCUGCCAGGAGCUGGUGCUGACGGAGGACGAGAAAAAAUUGCUGGCUAAGGAAGGUGUGACGCUCCCCACCCAGCUGCCUCUCACCAAGUAUGAGGAGCGCGUCCUGAAGAAGAUCCGUCGAAAGAUCCGGAACAAGCAGUCAGCUCAGGAAAGUCGCAAGAAACGGAAGGAAUACAUCGAUGGUUUAGAAAGCCGGAUGUCGGCUUGCACAGCUCAAAAUCAGGAGCUCCAGCGGAAAGUGGUUCACCUCGAGAAGCAAAACUUGUCUCUCCUGCAGCAGCUCAAGAAACUCCAGUCCAUUGUGAUGCAAUCCAGCGGCAAGGCUGCCCAAACCAGCACCUGCGUGGCGGUCUUGCUUCUCUCCUUUGCCCUGAUCAUCUUCCCGUCCAUCGGCCCUUUCACCAGCAACAAAGCCGAGACCUCAGGCGACUUCGUACCUGUGAGAGUUUUUUCUAGGUCCCUCAACAACGAUGCAUCGUCUAGAAUUGUCAAUGCCCUGGGCAAGGAGGCCGAGCAGAGUGCCAAGGAGAGCAUCUGGAAGGAACCAGCUCACCAGGCGCACGAUGCCCCCAGCACCUUAAUCAGAGACCUCUUGAAGCUUCAGAAGCAGGAAGAGACCCUGCCGGACAACCACACCGAGGUCUUCGCAGAAGAUAGACCUGCCCCUUUGGAAGGACUCAGGGCCGGGGUUCCCUAUCCGGGCCCGAAUUUGACCUCAGUGGCAUGGGCCGAAUCGGAGCAACCUGGAAAAGGGGUCUUGGAACAGACGGAGGAGCUGUGACCUCCCGUCCGGCUGCUUCCUCUCCCUCACCAAGCCGGUCUGGACUAAACCAGGAAGGGGAAUGGGGAGGUUGUGUGUAUGUGUGUGUGCAGCAGGAUUGCGUCUUUCCUACUCAGGAGGACGGAAAUAAUGUGGAAGAGAGUCACAGUGUGUGAGAACCAGGGGGCUGAAUCCUCUCGGGCUAUUUGAGGAACCCCCUGAAAAAGACAAGCCAAGCCCCGGUUCCCCUCUUCCAUUUUUAAACCUGGGGGAGGGGGGCAGUGGGGGGAAUUCUCCAGGAUGGGGUGGGAGUCUCAACAGAACCGUAGUUGUGACUCCAUCAGGGUUGUUGCAAAGUGUGUCGCACCCGACAUCCCUCGUAGAACUAAGGGCUUUCAGUUGUUUUAUUACAGGCAGGAUGGAGUUUGAAAUCUGAAUUUGUUUUGUGUAAACCACCCCCCCUCCUCCCCCGAGCCUUUUAGCUUCUCGAGAUUUCUGUUUGUCUGGUUUGCAGUGAGGAUGAGUGGGGGG